GUCACCAAGGAGGCUUUUGCAUGAUGUGUGUUAUGCAGAACCAUGUGAUCCAGGCUUUUGCCAACAGCGGCAACAUAAUAAAGCCGGUGUCCUUCAUCCAAAACCUCAAGAAGAUUGCUCCGGACAUCCGCUUUGGCAGACAGGAGGAUGCGCAUGAGUUCCUGCGUUACACCAUCGACGCCAUGCAGAAGGCCUGCCUGAAUGGCUGCACCAAGUUGGAUCGCCAGACCCAGGCCACGACACUGGUUUACCAGAUCUUCGGUGGUUACCUGCAGUCCCGUGUGAAGUGCUUGGCGUGCAAGAAUGUCUCGGACACCUGUGACCCUUACCUGGACCUGGCAGUGGAGAUCGAGCAAGCCACCAACAUAAUGGAGGCACUGGAGCUGUUUGUGAAGCCAGACAUGCUGGGCGGCGAGAAUGCCUACAAGUGUGCCAAAUGCAAGGAGAAAGUGUCGGCCAGCAAAUGCCUCACCAUCCACCGAGCCUCCAAUGUUCUCACGCUCUCGCUGAAGCGCUUUGCCAACUGUGGUGGAGGCAAAAUCACAAAGGACGUGGGGUACCCUGAGUUCUUGGACAUCCGCCCUUACAUGUCUCAGAGCAAAGGGGAGCCCAUCAUGUAUGGACUCUAUGGGGUGCUGGUUCACUCUGGGUACAGCUGCAAUGCAGGGCACUACUACUGCUAUGUGAAGGCCAGCAACGGGCAGUGGUAUCAAAUGAACGAUGACCUGGUCCGCUCCAGCAACAUCAAAGUGGUCCUCAACCAGCAGGCCUAUGUGCUGUUCUACCUGAGAAUCCCCAGCCCCAAGGAGACCUCGGACGGGCCAAUUGCCAAAGCUGCCCCCAGCCUGCCUGGCCAUGCUGGCAGCGUCUCCAAGCAGGUCAAGAAGCCUGUGAUCAACAGGUCCCUGUAUUCACCACCGACGGGCCGGAGACGAGACACGUUGCCAGGGAAGAAGGUUCCGGGACCGGAGGAGGUCGGAGUUCCUGUGGCCCGCAGCACUUCUGAG